UUCAAUCACACUAACUGGCAAUGUUUAAUCUGCUAUUAAUCUCAUCCAGUGUACAUUUUAUCUCAGACAUUGUAGCUUUAGUUUCUGGAUUUGGGUUUUUUAAAAAUAUCUUCUGGCAGUGCACCCAGCAGUCCCACAGAUCUGUCUCUUGCUUCAACAGUAUUUGGAUGGAACAGAUCCAGGGAUGCCCCUUCUACCAGUCUCUAACCACCCUCCAAACAUUUUUCUAGUUGCAACUUUUGGAGCCAUCUUCUUGGCCACCUUCUGCCUCCAGGUCCAGCCAAUACUUUAUUUUGAGCUUAGCUCCUUACUACAGAUCAACAAUGAGCUCCCAGAUUUGUCAGAACUAUUCCACUGAGGUGGAGGCCACCGUCCACCACCUUGUCAGCAUGCAUCUGUGGGCCUCCUACUCCCACCUCUCUCUGGGCUUCUAUUUUGACUGCAAAGAUGUGGCUCUGGAGGGCAUGGGCCCCUUAUUCUACAAGUUGGCUGAGGAGAAGUGAGAGGGUGCUGAGCAUCUCUUGAAGAUGCAAAACCAUGGCGGCGGCAGUGCCCUCUUCCAAGAUGCACAGAAGCCAUCCUACGAUGGGUGGGGUAAAACCCUGGAUGCCAUGGAAGCUGCCCUGGCUCCAGAGAAGAACCUGAACAAGGCCCCUUUGGAUCUGCAUGCUCUGGAUUCUGCCCAUGCAGACCCCCAUCUCUGUGACUUCCUAGAGAACCACUUCCUGGAUGAGGGUGUAAAACUCAUCAAGAAGAUGGACAAUCACCUGUUUAACCUCUGCAGGGUGGCUGGCCCCCAGGCUGGGCUGCGUGAGUAUAUCUUUGAAAGGCUUAUCCUCAAGCAUGACUAAGAGCCUCUGGAGCCCAGCAGCCUUUGAGGGGCCCCUGUGGUAUCCCCCUGGUGCCAGUGCUUCUGCCUGAGCCUCUUCUUGCAGCCAUUAGGCAUCUUUUUAACCACCGUGGAGCCCUCUCUCAAGCCAUGGACCAAAUGGAAACAAUAAAGUCUUUUGCAGCAGCUGGUAAAAAAAAAAAAAUCUUCCAUGUUUCUACUUAACAUUUUGAGCUUAUGGAAAAUAGCAUUUUAAUACCAUCUGCUAAUUCCAACAUCUAUACCAGGUCUGGAUUAGCUUCAGUUAAUUGUUGUCUCUGCACAAUGGUGCAUAUUUUCUUGUUUCUUUGUAUAUGUGGUCAUGUUU